CUCUUUAAAACUUGGCCAGCAUGCUACCUCUGCUGAAAAUGAUUCUCUUGGCAUCCCAGAAUCCUGCUUGCCUUUGUCACCAUAGCUACUGUGCGACACAUGUCUCUCCAAGUCAUUGACUGCUCAGUCAGCAUGGAUCACUUUGCUUUUUCCACUCUGAGGGCUGCUAUGGUCUGUUGAUGGAAAGACAAACGUGAAUCCUCAAGCCAAGCAUCUUGUGUUCCUUCUACAGAGCAGAAACCGAAUGGAUCCGAAAAGGGUUCAAGAACCAGGGACCGGUGUGGGCAGCAUUUUACACCUAAGUAAAUGAAGAUCUGGGUGCGUUAAAUACCUGACAUUUUGUACUUUGGAACUAUUUCUCGGUGGCAGAGGAAAAACGUCUUGGUGCAAACCCAAAACAGUGAAUAGUUAUUAUUCUAAUUUCCAAUUUAAUGGUUUUGAGAAUGCAUCUUGAUGGAGGGGACUGAAGGUUUAAUAAGCAUGCGUGAAGACCCUAGCUUUCAUGUUCGCUACAGAAUGGAGGCGUCCUGUCUGGAGCUGGCUUUGGAAGGGGAACGGUUGUGCAAGGCAGGAGACUGUCGGGCUGGAGUUUCGUUUUUUGAGGCGGCCGUGCAGGUGGGAACCGAAGACCUGAAAACAUUGAGUGCCAUAUACAGUCAACUGGGGAAUGCAUAUUUCUACCUGCAUGAGUACAACAGAGCAUUGGAAUACCACCAUCAUGAUCUAACACUAGCAAGAACAAUUGGUGAUAGACUUGGGGAAGCCAAAGCCAGUGGAAACCUUGGAAACACUUUGAAAGUCUUGGGUAAUUUUGAUGAAGCAAUUUUAUGCUGUGAGAGGCACUUGGACAUUUCCAGAGAGUUGUUUGAUAAGGUUGGGGAAGCUAGAGCACUUUACAACCUGGGAAACGUGUACCACUCGAAGGGAAAAAGCUUGGCAUGCAUUGGGACACGUGAUCCUGGAGAGUUUCCAGAGGAGGUGAAAAUGGCUCUACAGAAGGCUGUGGAUUUUUAUGAAGCAAAUUUAUUCAUUGUAACGGAAUUAGGAGACAGAGCAGCGCAGGGACGGGCAUAUGGCAACCUUGGGAACACACACUAUCUGCUAGGAAAUUUCCAAAAUGCUGUCGUAUCCCAUGAGCAGCGACUUCUUAUUGCUAAGGAAUUUGGUGACCGGUCUGCCGAAAGAAGAGCUUACAGCAAUCUUGGAAAUGCAUUUAUCUUCCUUGGUGAAUUUGAAAUGGCAGCGGAGUACUACAAGCGCACAUUGCAGCUGGCCCGUCAGCUGAAGGACAGGGCUGUGGAAGCCCAGAGCUGUUACAGCCUGGGCAAUACAUACACCUUACUUCAAGACUUCGAGAAGGCUAUUGAUUAUCAUCUGAAACAUCUGGUCAUUGCUAAGGAACUAAGUGACAGAGUGGGAGAAGGGCGGGCUUGCUGGAGCCUGGGGAAUGCUUACACUGCCUUAGGUAACCAUGACCAAGCUGUGCACUUUGCAGAGAGGCAUCUGGAAAUAUCAAGAGAGUUAGGAGAUCGAAACGGGGAACUGACAGCCCAGCUGAACCUGUCUGACCUACAGAUGGUACUGGGGCUUAGCUACAGCACGAAUACUUCAGUAUUGUCUGAAGUGCAGGAUGUGGACACCAGUUCCCUUGGUGCACGGUCUCGGUUAAGCAGGCGUCACAGUAUGGAAAAUUUGGAACUUGUGAAGCUAACGCCAGAUAAGGUGCAGAACUGGAACACUGAAAUACUUGCAAAACAGAAGUCUCUUUUGUCUAAGCCAUCUGCUAAACUUAUGUUUGUGAAUAGACUGAAAGGCAAAAAGUAUAAGAACAGUACUGCAAAAGUACUACAGGACACCAGCAAUUCGUCUGAUGCCAACAGAAAGAUGGCAAACGCUCAGCGGAAAACAGCGGUUGCAGACAGCAUAGGAGAUGAAGGCUUUUUUGAUCUAUUGAGUCGGUUUCAAAGCAACAGGAUGGAUGACCAGCGGUGCAGCUUACAGGGCAAAAACAUAUUGAGUGUUCCUGCAGCCACAUGUUCCACCCCUCCAAAAUCCAUGAGAAAAUCUCUCUCUGCAUCGGUUGUUUCUCCUCGCACUGAUGAGUUCUUGGAUCUCCUCGCCAGUUCUCAGAGCCGUCGGCUGGAUGAUCAGAGAGCCAGUUUUAGCAAUCUGCCUGGUUUGCGGAUCAACCAGAAACAUAGUCAUUCUGUUCUGAGUCACCUGAUGGCCAGUGAAAACCGGGAGCCGGAUGAAGAUUUCUUUGACAUGCUGGUAAAAUGUCAGGGUUCCCGAUUGGAUGAUCAGCGUUGCGCCCCUCCUCCUCCACCAAAGAAAGGUCCAACCGUCCCAGAUGAAGACUUCUUCAGUCUUAUUCAACGUGCACAAGCCAAGCGUAUGGAUGAGCAGAGAGUGACACUGUCAUCUUACCCUAAAAGACCUAAUUCGAGUUAGGGGAUGCUGCCAUAUGUGAUCUUUUACAUUCUCCUUUUCUGGACUAACAGAUUAGCAGCCAUAUUGUGGUAACAGAGCUAAAAAGACGGGUUUUUCUUUCAUAGUACUGUAAUUUCUACCUGGUUUCUGUAAAGCAAGGCUACUUACAUAGUUUUACUCCAUUCCUGUGUGACAGGCACUUCCUGUAUUAUGAUUGGUGCAGACCAUUAUUUAUAAUUUUAUAAUUAGAAUGCAUACGGCACUGCCAUUUUAUAUGUUUGCCCUGUUUUGGGGGAAAUGCACCUUUAGAUCGUCAGUAGAAACGUGGCAUUGAUUGGUUUUUGGUUAGGGAGGCUUCCAUUAAUGGAUACCAUGAAUAGUGUGGUGAUUCACUACUGGGUUUGUUUUGUUUGUUUUUUUCACUUAAACAGCAAGUAGACCCUGAUGGGUUUUACUUCCUCUUUAUUUCCCUGCAAAGGUAAAGCAUAAUGGGUUACUAUUCAUCGAUUAGUCGCCCAUUAUGUGUCGCUUACCUGAAAACGAAGCCUGCGAUGUCCCCACUGGCGGAAGUGUCCAUCUUCAGCCCUCUUCUUUCCCGGGCCACAAACUCCGGCUCUGUCACGCAACUCUGGACAGUCACGUCACUCCCGUGGUUGCGUAUGGGAGCCGCCAGUCACAGCAUGACCCCUUUAGAAACGGCAAGAUCGUGCCCUUUCUAAAGUGCGCAUGCGCUAAAGACAUCGGCAUAAGCACACCGGCAUAAGCACCUACAGUUAAGCCUUAAUAUAGGCUUGCCCAGUGCCGAUCCUGACCUCCCUGGGGCCCUAAGCAAAAUGACAU